AUGGCUGUAGAUCAAGGCCUCUUCUCGUCCGACCUCAUAUCCCCCGGUGUGGCUGCCGUGCUGCCCCAGGGCUACACCGCUCGUUCCCUGCGCCUGUCCGACUAUGAAGCCGGUUUCCUCGACUGCCUGCGCGUCCUGACCACCGUCGGCGAGAUUAGCAAGGAACAAUUCGCCGAGAGGUACCAGUGGAUGGCAUCGCAAGACACGUACUACGUCCUCGUCAUCGAGGACACCAUCAACAACAAGAUCGUAGGCACCGGGGCCCUGCUCGUAGAGAGGAAAUUCAUACACAGCCUGGGACUCGUCGGCCACAUCGAGGACAUCGCCGUCGCUAAAGACCAGCAGGGCAAGAAGCUCGGCCUCCGCCUCAUCCAAGCCCUCGACUACAUCGCCGAGAAGGUCGGCUGCUACAAGACCAUCCUCGACUGCAGUGAGGCCAACGAGGGUUUCUACGUAAAGUGCGGAUUCCGGAGAGCCGGGUUGGAAAUGGCCCAUUACCACAACGCAGAAAAGAGUAAGGCCCAGUGA